GAAGUGGGUCGAGUACAAGAGGAACAGUGCAGAAAGCGAUCGAAAAUGGUGUCCCUUUUUCCCUUUUGUGCUCGUAGUUGACCGUCGAAUAAAAUCUAAUCCCCCAAAUAAAUAAAGAAGCGAAACCAAACCAAACCAUCGAGUGCGUUGCACCCCCACCGUAAGCACAGCUAUGUCGUUGCGCAGGCGAACCUUGCUCAAGGUCAUUGUUCUCGGCGAUAGCGGGGUUGGAAAGACCUCGUUGAUGAAUCAAUACGUGCACAAGAAGUUUAGUCAGCAAUAUAAGGCUACCAUUGGGGCUGAUUUUGUCACCAAAGAGCUUCAGAUUGAUGACAGACUUGUCACUCUACAAAUAUGGGACACUGCUGGGCAAGAGAGAUUCCAGAGUCUCGGGGUUGCAUUUUACAGAGGUGCCGAUUGCUGUGUUCUUGUGUAUGAUGUGAAUGUGAUGAAAUCGUUUGAUACCCUUGAGAACUGGCACGAGGAGUUUCUCAAACAGGCAAACCCUCCUGAUCCAAGGGCAUUUCCGUUUAUUUUACUCGGAAACAAGAUCGAUAUUGACGGUGGGAAUAGUCGAGUGGUUUCUGAGAAGAAAGCGAAGGACUGGUGUGCCUCAAAAGGGAAUAUUCCCUACUUUGAAACAUCUGCAAAAGAGGAUUACAAUGUUGAUGCUGCAUUCCUGUGUAUUGCCAAGGCUGCUCUAGCCAAUGAGCACGAACAAGACAUAUAUUUUCAAGGGAUUCCUGAGGCAGCAGUUCCAGAGAAUGAGCAGAGGAGUGGAUGUGCAUGCUGAUCUGGAGAUACUGAAUAAUUUUUAUGCAUUCCCCUUAAUGCUGUAGUUGAAAGUUGAAACUCUUCAAAUUCUUUUUGGUCAUUUAGUGCAUACUGUAUGUCUUGAUUGUGCGAGUAAAUUGUUAUUGUGUACCUUGAGGUUGCCAUUUUGAUAAACUGUACCAUUUAUUGUAGUCCUGUUUUAGGAAGGACGAAGCUAGAGAAUGUUGUACACGCAGGAAAAGCAUGUUCCAUUAAUAAACCAUGACCUAUGAGAUGAGGCAUGGACCAUGGAAUGUUUUAAAUAAUUUUUGAACUUUUAUCCGUUGAUUGUCAAUUUGAGAUGCGGCAUGGACCAUAGAAUGUUCAUAUUUUGUUUGAAUGCUACUUAGCAGACAUUAAUC